UGGGUUUUUAUCGGAGAUACGUUUUCUAUUUAAAGUUUUUUAAUAUUUGGGGGUACAAUCCGGCAUUUUCAAAAAGUGGAACGUUGUGUUUGAUUGUUAUCAGUUCGAUUACUUUCCAGGAUAUAGUUAUCUUUUUAUGGUACUACGAGGACCUUCUGGUUAUUGGACAUAUUGUGGUGCUUAUAAAUCAAGUUCUUUGGGUUGCCUCGAUAUUAGUGGUGUAUCCAGUCCUGAUAUUUAGCUCAGUCGUAAAUCGAGAGACUGAGCGAGAGUUUUGGCUGCAUCUAAAGUCAAAAUUCGAUACAAGAUGCAGUGAUACUUUCCUGAAGCGUUUCUGGUUCUCCUUUAUACUCUAUUUGAUAGGCUCAAUCAUUGUUGGGUUCGAUUUUGUCGGAAUUCAUUUUUACUGGAUGGUUUUUCCAUUGGAAUUCGCAAUUCGGUUGUAUCUUUUGAAAUUCACGAUGUAUCUAAACUGUCUCGUUGAAGAACUGCACAGUCUUUGCAGGGAUAUAAAGAAUUAUUGUGGAGACAAACGAAUGCGGAGGACGAUUUUGCAGAAUAUCGUGAUAGGUUGCUACCGUCAUCAGAGGUUAUACGAGAUGAAUCUUUUCCUGAACAAGAUUUUCGGGGCAACCGUGGGCAUUUCUAUACUGCAAGUGUUUAUUCAAUUGACAGUGGACGCGUUCUUCGCCUGUUUUCAUUUGAGUGGGCACAUAUCAGUCCUUGGAAAGUAUGGUGUCUCCUUGAUUCCGACGUUAACGAUAUUGUUGGUAACUUUGAUUAGUUCAAAGGAAUGCAUGGACGCGGCUAAACGCAUACCGGUCGCAGUUCAUAGUAUCAAGCACAAAGUCACUGAUUUGAAGCUGGCGAUUUUGAUCGAGAAUUUCUCUCUACAACUUUUGCACGAAAAAAUCGUUUUUGACGCCAAAGGGUUUGUUAUACUUGACUGUAACCUUCUGAGAGGGAUGCUUAGCUCUAUUACGACAUACAUGGUUUUCUUUAUCCAACUAGCACCGCAGUAUAACUAGAGAUCAAAUAGCACGAAGAUCAAGUAGCACGAGGUCCAACAAAGCAGGGCCCAACUUGGUCCUUUUUUUGGCAUAUCAUCUCCAAUGAAAUGGGGGACAAGGGUACCACUUUUGUUAUAAUAAUGCUAUAUCACUUACGAAAUAGAUUGAAACUUAUCACAUGAAACUUUGGAGAAAUGAAUCAUGGGUGAUGAUCGAAGGGGAUGGGUUUUUUUCGCCCUCUCCACACUGUUGUCCUUGGA